AUGGGUACGAAACAUCUCCUACGUACUGAGAUAUCGUCGUCAUUAUAUAAUUCGUGUCCCAGUGCAUAUAAAUACAGUGUAUCAAACAUGGAUGAUAAUACUGACAAGGAUAAAUUUAGUGAUUAUGCAAAUGAACAUAGUCCAACUGAAAAGUUUUUAGGUACGCACCCGACAAAAAAUACUAGUUAUGAAAAUGAGUCGAAUUGUUGUUCGAAAUGGUGGCAUCAAGGUUUCCCACAUCAACGUCAUAUUUGUCAUGUAGUAGAACAAACAUAUUUUCAUAUACUCAUUAUAUUUUUUGUUUUUAUUGAUUGUAUACUAGUUCUCGUUGAAAUAAUGCUUGAUAUUAUUAAAUUGAAAAGUGAAUGUGAACAGCACGACCAUCAUAAUGAAUACAUCGAAUUAACGCUAGAAAUUUGUCAUUAUUCGAGUAUCGCUAUCUUAUCAUUAUUCGUUAUUGAACUCUUUGUUAAAAUCUAUGCAUUUGCAAGAACCUAUUGGAACUUACAUGAGAAAAAGAUGGAAUACUUAGAUGCUGUUAUUGUUCUUUUAUCAUUAGCCAUUGAUCUGUACUUUUUGAAAGGCGAAGAAAAAGCAAUUGGUCACCGAACGUUGUUAAUUGUAUCGUUUCGCCUAUGGCGAAUUGUUCGAAUUAUUAACAGUAUGUAUAAACAGAAAAUAUUCAGACCCGGUCUCUGCACGACACAAUUGAUUCAAAAGUAA